AUGCUGCGUAAGAGUGUUACGGAGAGCUUCGGAGCCACCAUCCACGCCCUGGGCGCCGGCCAUCUGACCAAUGGCGUGAUUAGGCGCAGCAAACGGAUGAUGCUGGAUACCCUGGGGGUGGGUUUGCUGGGAUCCACUACGGACGUCUCAAGCAAAGCGCUCAAGUAUAGCCAGCUGUUCCGUUCGGAGGAGAAGAGCAGCGUUUGGGGCAAAGCGGCCAUCACCGUACCGCCGCACUUUGCCGCAUUUGUCAACGGCGUGGCGGUUCACUCAAUGGACUUUGACGACACGUGGUACCCUGCCACCCAUCCAUCGGGGGCCGUGUUGGCCGCUCUGCUGGCUUUGGCGGAAGUCACGCCCAAGAGGCCCACCGGUGCGGAGCUGCUGCUGGCCUUCAACGUUGGAAUCGAGGUGCAGGGUAGACUUUUGAGGUUCUCCCGAGAGGCCAUCAAUAUCCCCAAAAGAUUUCAUCCUCCCAGCGUGGUAGGCGUGAUGGGCAGCGCGGCGGCCUGCGCUAAACUUCUGGCUCUACCUUCCCGACAAUGCGCCAACGCCCUGGCUAUCGCGGCGUGCUCGGCCGGAGCGCCGCUCGCCAACGCCGCCACUCAAACCAAACCCCUGCACAUGGGUUACGCCGCCCAGAGGGGCCUGGAGGCCGCUCGGCUAGCCCGGGCGGGUCUGGAGGGCAACCAGUCCAUCCUGGAUCUGGAGCACGGCUACGGGGUUUACUACCAAGACUACGACCCGCACGCCAUGACGCUGCCCGGGGUCGACGGUUCAGCUUGGGUCCUGGAGGAGCAGGACGUUGCCUUCAAGCGCGUGCCGGCCCAUUUGGGGAUGCACUGGGUCGUGGACGCUGCUUUGGCAGCUCGUGCUAAACUGCCCGACGGGGACGACGCGGUGGAUCAGAUUGAACGCAUCACCCUCAAAGUUCCGCCGUCUAAAUACAUCGACUGCCCUUUCCCCGCGACGGAGCACCAAGCCAGGCAUUCAUUCCAGUUCAACGCCUGUUCGGCCAUUCUGGACGCCGGCGUGUCGGUGGGUUCGUUCGACAAAUCUCAGAGGGAGCGCCCCCGUCUCCUCAAGCUCUUGAGCAAAGUCGUGGUGCACGUGCCAGAGGAUAACCCGGCCAGCUUUGAUGAAAUGUACAGCGAGGUCGUCAUCGAAACCCGUGCAGGGGAGCGCUUCUCAGCCAGGUGCAAUACCUUCUACGGACACUGGAGGAAACCUUUGCAGCGUGAAGAUUUGGUGGACAAGUUCAUGGCCAAUGCUUCGUCGGUGUUGAGCUUGGAGGGAGCGGAAGGGGUGCUGGACGCCAUAGACAACAUGGAGACUGAGAAAGACUGCACUUCCUUACUGUCAUUUUUGAGAAUGACCGCUGAGGAACAUAACAAUGACUCUUUGGCUUGGUCUCAGAGUCAAUAA